GCGUGGUCGUGUGGCCUGCGCGCGGGUGCAUGUUCUGGCGUGGUUCUGAGGCAAAGCGGCAAAGCAUACCCUGCUCUACCUCUCUUUCUCUGCUCCUCUCCCACCUGUGUGUCGUUCAUAAGAGUAGCAUCGCUCCGCGUCGCCACCACUAGUGUCUGAUGUAAACUAAAUGACCCGUUUGAACUCGGAAAAGCGUGCCAAUGUCGGACAGCUGAGUGACACCGCGCGCUCGUGUCUGUGUUUGAGUGUGGAAACUUGGGAUUUGUGGUGAAUAUACGGCGAUAAUUCAGCUUUCGUACUCUGUUUCUAGGAUCUAAAGUGUACCCGUGAACUCUGUGAACCCUUAAACGAAACAAAGAAACUGAUUACUAUUGGAAAACACAAAAGAAACUCAACAAACACGGAAAACUUUUAUCUCAAGCUCGUUUUCAUUCGUCGGCGGUGAGAGGUUGAUCGAGUGGAGACCGCAGGUGUUACUGGGAAGCCCGCCACACCUGUCGCAGGGAGGGGGCGCCAUGGCCAGCAUCGGCAAGCGUCUGUCUGCCCUCACCUCCUACGGGAACUUGGACGGGGAGCGAGGAGCCAACAGCGGGCCUUCCUCCGUCACUUCCUCGAACCCCGCCUCCCUAAAUGCUUCCGCGACAGGGGAGUCCAUGGAGCUGGUGGGGUCGACGCGGCCGCGGGUAUGGAGGAACCUGCUGCUGGCCACCGUGGGCGUAAUGCUGGUGGUGGCCGCCGCCAUCGCCACAGUCAUCCUCACCCGCAGCUCGACGGUCGCGGCGCCUAAGGCCGAGCCCCUCAAGGCCCAGGCGGGCGGGAUUGACCUCAUCGAGUUCAUCAACGGCACCUUCUCUACGUUUUCCUUCAAUGGUACCUGGAUCUCAGACACCGAGUUCCUGUACCGCUCCGCCGAAAAUAGCCUCAACAUCUACCACGUCGACACGCAGACGUCGGAGGAGAUUCUCAGCCAGGAGGCCAUGAACGAGUGGAGGCCGUUCAAGUACAGCCUCUCGCCCAGCCGUAAAUACCUCCUUGUGGCUCAUGAUGUACAAAAGUUGUUCCGGUAUUCGUACCUGGCUCGCCACACUGUGCUGAACCUGGCAACUGGGGAGAGCAUACCGCUGGCCCCGACCCGCGUAAGGAACAGGAAUGAUCAGCCGCCUCUGUUGUUCGCCACCUGGGCGCCAACCAACGACGCCCUGGCCUUUGUGUCCCAUAACGACGUGUACUACACCACCGGCCCGGACCUCGAGACCAUGUACAGGAUCACCGACACGGGCCAGAUCGGCAGCAUCUUCAACGGCAUCCCCGACUGGGUGUACGAAGAGGAGAUCCUGAGCUCCAACGCCGCCCUGUGGUUUUCGCCUGAUAGUGGCCGCAUCGCCUUCGCCACCUUCAACGACUCCCGCGUGGACACCAUGAACUUCCCACUGUAUGGCCGACCGGGAGACCUCUCCUUCCAGUACCCCAUCCAGCAGUCCAUCAAGUACCCCAAGCCUGGACGUGCUAACCCUGUCGUGGAUCUGUGGGUGGUGGACCUCAAUAAGCUGAUCAUCGGUGCUGCCGACACCGUCACCCGCCUGCCCCCUCCCACUUCUCUGGCUGCCAUUGACCACUACUUUACUGCUGUCAGCUGGUCCACGCCAAAGAAGAUUUCUGUUAUCUGGAUGAACAGGCAUCAGAAUGUGAACACAAUCAGCAUUUGUGCAGCAGACACUGGCGUCUGCAACGACGACUUGGUUCAUGAAUCCCCAGACCACGCCUGGAAUGACCUUUACACGGCACCCAAGUUUGAUUCUGCGGAUGGAGACUCCUACCUCAUUAUCCUCCCCACACCGCAGCAGGACAAAGGCAACUUCAAGCACAUUACUCUUCGCCGCUCCUCCGACAAGACCUUGACUCCACUAACAACAGGAACCUACGAGGUGGUGGAGAUUCUCUCAUGGGAUGAGAAGAAUAACAUCAUAUUUUUCAUUGCGGCUCCUUCAGGGAAGCCCGGCCAGAGACACUUCUACUAUGUUGGGGACCUUAACUCCAAACAGCCAAAGCAAGCCUACUGCAUCACUUGUGGCUUCAAGAAUGACUUCAAUGAGGAGUGCAACUACAAUGCUGUUGAGAUGAGCGAAGACAACACAUACUAUGCCCUGACCUGCAACGGCCCGGGCAUCCCCCAGGUCACUGUCCACCGCGCCACAGACCACGCACGCCUCAUGCUGCUUGAGGACAACCAGGAGGUUCGUGAGCGCCUGCUGGACCGUCAGCUGCCCCUGGAGAAGCGUCUGGAGAUUGAUAUUGAGGGAGGCUUCAAGGCCCAGGUGUCCAUGAAGGUGCCGCCAGACUACAACCCAACCCGCUUCCAGUCCUACCCCAUGCUGGUCUAUGUGUAUGGAGGUCCAGGAUCCCAGCUCGUGAGUGACCGCUUCAGGAUCGACUGGGGCGAUUACCUGGCAUCUGAGAGGGGCAUCAUCUACGCCUCCAUUGAUGGCCGUGGCUCUGGCUAUUCUGGCGACAAGCUGCUACACACUCUGUAUUACGGCCUUGGAACUGGCGAGGUGGAGGACCAGCUGGCUGUCACUGCUGCUCUGCAGAAGAACUUCCCAUUCAUUGACUCUUCCCGCACUGCCAUCUGGGGCUGGUCUUACGGAGGCUACGUCACUGCCGCCGCUCUCUCCAGGGACGUCAACAAUGUCUUCAAGUGUGGCAUCUCAGUAGCACCCGUUACUUCAUGGAUUUAUUACGAUACGGUUUACACUGAGCGGUACAUGGGGCUGCCAACCUUAGAUGACAACUUUGAUGCAUACAAUAAUUCUGAUGUGACCAAAAAUGUGGACAACUUUAGAAACAAGGAGUUCUUCCUGAUCCACGGGACAGCUGACGACAACGUUCACUACCAGCAGUCCAUGAAGCUCUCCAGAGCACUGGAACUUGAAGACAUUCUAUUCAGGUCGCAGAGUUACCCUGAUGAGAACCACGGGCUGGCUGGUGUCAAGAAGCACCACUACCACUCCAUGGAGAACUUCCUUGACCAGUGCUUCAACAACGUCUGAUCCCACAAGAGAUCGCCCUCGGAGGAACUACUUGUCCACCACAUCCUCUGGCAGCCGUGGUCCGCGCUGCCUCAGACUCAGCGAUUCCAUUACAUCAUUUCAUAAUUUCCAUUCAUCUUCCUUGCAAUUCCUUAUAUUUUUAAUGAGUACAAUUAUGUUGAAUUCAAUUAUAUUUUUGGCACUUUAUAUUCAGACAUUUUUAAAAAAGGUUAAACUCUGGGGUGUGGUUUUUAAUGGUAUCCAUUUUAAUUUGAUAUACAAUACAAAAACUCCUUUGCUGUGUAUCCACUCAGCAUUCCUUCACAUCUCAUUACAAGACAAGACUAGUUUGCCAAGUAUACAUAUUGUUAGUUCAAGUACUACAACAUAACUAGCGAGAUGACACAGCUACAGCCUUCACAUCUACUUCUACAGUUUUACCUUUAGUCAUCAGUACAUUCCAUUUCAUUACCUGCACCAUUCCAAACUGGAAAUGAGUAUCCUUCAUGAAGAACAAUAUGCUUUCAUACCCUGACUGGUGUCUUCUCUCCUGAUUAUAUGCUCUUGACUUUCAAAUGCCAUGUUUAAAUUGUUCCCUAGGUAACAGCUAACGGCUAGGGGACUCCCAUGUCAUACAGGCAGUGCACAGCGCUGUUGUGAUGGAAAUCUUUUAAAGAAAACUUAAGGUGGAAAACAGGUAGUUCUUUGAUUACAAAAUAAAGUUAUAGAUUUUUUAA